AUAGAGGAAAAAUAUACUCCGUAACAAGGUAGGAGGUACGUAACAUAUUUCCGCCACCCUCAACGGGGCGCUACGAUUCUGCAGUCUAGCUAGCACUACGGUUCUGCAGAUGGACAAAGCAAAAAAUGCUUACACCAAAGGGGAAAAAAAAAGAAAAAAACAAAGCAAAAAAUGCUAGUCGUCCGAGGAGUCCUUCAAUACUUAAAUUAGAGUACAAAUCAACUUUUUCAUUUCUCAAAAAAAAAAAAAAAAAAAAAAAAACAACUUUUCCAUUUAAUGUUUUUCGGAGGGAGAAAGAUGAAUCGCCAGAAACCGCAAAGCUUCCAUUAACUUACCUUCAAACCAACCUGCCAAAACACAGAAAACAAACUCACCAAAAAUUUCAACCAAAAUUCAAAAUUAUGGUAGAACAUGAAACCUUAAUCGAAGAGAGAGAAUCACAGAUUGUGUUACCCAUUAAUGGAAAACCCUCAUUCAGAAUUGCCCAUUUCCUAAAACCCUCAAUUCCAUCUUCAAAACAAGCACAAACCCUCUUCAACCCUCCUCCCAACCCUGAUCCUACUAAACCCAUUUCCCCAAUUCUCAAAUCUUUGUCCUCAAAAGUUCACUUCUAUGGCUGGAGGUACCCUCUAAAGAACUGGAAUUCUUGGGUUAAGAAAUUGCGCCCGUCCUUCGAGUCAACAUGGAAGAAUGCUUCGAUUUUUGAAGCUAUCAUGGCUUCCACUUUCGAAAUCCCGAAAUGUAGAAUGUCUGUUUUUGCACUUGCUGAGAAAUGGUGCUCGGAAACCAGCACGUUCGUGCUGCCUUGGGGUGAAGUUACCAUUACUCUGGAGGAUGUAUUAGUUUUGGGGGGAUUUUCUGUGACAGGGGACUCUGUUUUGAGUGAAAUCCGUUCGAAGGAAUUACUCGAAAUCGAGGAGAGUUUGCUCGUGGCACGGUCAGAGUUGAUUAGGACUAAGUCUAAGAAAGCGAGCCAGCAGCAAUGGAUGGAUAUGUGGAUGGGAAAGGGGCGAGCAUUCGAGCACGAAGCAUUCUUGUGUUUGUGGUUAUCUAGGUAUGUUCUUCCUGCUGAUGAUUGUAGUACUAUGAACAAGAGUGUUUUUCAAAUUGCUGUACUUUUAUCUAGAGGGAAUAGGAUUGCACUUGCACCUGCUGUUCUUGCUAGUAUAUAUAGAGAUUUGAGGUUGUUGAAGGAAAAGAUUGCGACUUUUCGAGGUUUAGGUGAUCAAGUUGAUGGAAAUGUGUUAAAACUUGGGCUAUGGGCACCCUUGCAAUUGUUGCAAGUCUGGUUUUGGGAAAGGUUUCCUAAAUUGAGCCCAAAAUUCAAUUAUGUGACUAAAGGUUCUUGUAGAUUAGAAAGAUGGCAUAACGUGAAAUUUCUGAGAAAUAAGGAAGUGGAUUUGGUUAUUGAUUUUGCUAGUGAUGAUUUUCGAUGGAGACCUUACUCGAACCCUCUAAAUAAUUUGCCAUUUGAACUUGAUUUGGAGUCAUAUGGUAGGUGUAUAAGGGUCAGUCAUCUGGUUGGAUUGGAUUGUAUUGAGCAAUAUUUUCCUCACCGAGUAGCAAUGCAAUUCGGGCUUGACCAAGAUAUCCCAAUCCCUUCCCUUUGUAGUGACACAAUGGAGAAUGCUUGGACUAAUUACAACAAGCCGAUUGGAGACAUGAAGCUGUACAGGCCACCAAAGCUCUUCGAGUCAGGUGUUACACCUCGUUACUUGGACUGGUGGAAAAAAUUUAAAGUUGUCAAGGAAAGUUCCAGUUUUGAGAUAAAGAAGGAAGGCAUAUCGAUUACAUUGGAAGAAAGACUGAGAAUUAAAAAAGAGAAUAAUGAAGCUGAUGUACCUCCUGGUUUUAGUCCAAAGGGGAAAAGGGUGGCAGCAGAACCGGAUAAUUCCGUGGAUCAACAUAAACCUAGCCCCAAGAGGUCCAGGCAAUCUCUGUCUUGUCCUGUUAUUGACAUAGAGAGUAGUGAAUCCGAUGCUUCUCCUGCUACUUUUUCUCAGACUAAAGGGGUAAGAGUUGAAGUUGAUUCUGAUGAUGAUCACCUAACAUUGACAGAGCUGUUUAAGGUAACGGGUACUGAAAGAACAAAUAAAAGUGGUCAGUUUUCAAAAAGCUGUGGAGAGAGCCCUAUAUCUUCUGCAGGGGAUAAUGAUUUUAGACGAGAGAAAAAAAACACAGAAGAUCACACCAGACUCAUUUUGCCAGCUGAAGAAGUUUCAAGGAAAGGACUCACUGUUGAAGAUGGCACUGAGAGUAAAGAUGGAAGUUCAGUCAGAAGUCCAAUUAGUAUUGACAAGAAUGAGGUUCAAACCAGUUUCAAUGGUGCUCUUGAGUCUCCAGGUAUUGAUCUUUUAGAUCGGAUUGCUAGGCUGCAGAGAAUUGUAGACAUGGUGAAGGCAGCUAAAAUUGUCCAGGUCUAGAGGCAAACUAAAUGAUUCUGAUUGUUAGUUUCUCUCAUUUAUGUGAUUAUGUCCAUAUAUCUUUCUUCUUUUGCCUGUGAUUACAAUGUAUAGUAGUAGAUGGAGUAUCUAAGGAAAACUGACUGAACCUUAAUUAUCCAUGGUCAUUUAUCUCGUGCUUUGUAGUAUUAGAUACUGUAUAUUUUGGGAACAACAGACUCUAGGUUGUAGGCAUGUUGGCAAUCAAAUGUUGUGAUUUUGCAAA